AAAUCAUUGAGGUGAGAACGAACUUGUGGCAGCUUAAUCUCGCAGCAACACUAAGGACUAGCAGUAUACUUGUAUCGAUGGUACGAGUCUCUUUCUUCAAAUCCACAGUAUACUUCUUUCAAACAUGUGCAUGACUCAGUACUCUUGGGGCAGCGACCAUCCGGCGAGUCUGGUCGAUAUAGGUCAUUGUUCCCACUUUGUUGAUGUAUGGGAUGUGGACCGAGCCACAACUUCCACACCUCUCAAAGGAUAAAAUGCGCGAGCGUUGUUUGCUACUCCUGCUUGUGAAUUUGCACAUCAUCCGAACGGUCUCCAUCAAAUUUCAUACACCCUACUCGUCCCAAUUCUCGUAAUGACGUCAACGAAUGAUUUGACACCCGCGUUAGAUAUUCAUCCCCCUGUCCAAACACAUCGACCACUCAGAGAGCGCUGCUCUAUCCGACUCACAGUUCAAACAACAUUAAAACAUCUCUCUCAUGGCCCAGUGGCACGUCACACACCCACUACCCAGGUGGCACCACGCGGAAUGCAUCCCGAGUGGCAUGACUUUAUCCACUAUGACGCACCGUUGGAAUAUUUUUCUAGGUGCUAUCACCUGCAAGAAAUAAUGGAGUGUCUGUACGUCGCAUCAGCCGACGCACAUGAAGUCGACACGCUUUGUGCAGAAGCUGGCGUGCCCUUCAGCCACAUCCUGCAAAUAGAGCCUGUCGAUGACAUUGCAGGAUCAGGCUCCAGGAGCGAGGAAAUGAUGGAAGGUGUUUUGAGGACGCAGAAGCUGACACUCAAGUGCCCGAGGCAGGGGAGAAGCCAAGGUUACACAGCGCUCAGCGCCUCUCAGCUCCUUGCAGCACGGGACUACCUUUCUCUAAUCAUGCCCUUACUCGUUGUCGCGCCAGCAGAUCGCACAGUUGAUGUGAUGUCGGUGGUGGUGUGCUAUCUUGCGUUUGCUUCCGGGUAUCAUGCGGAGACCGUGAUGCAGUGUAUUGGAGAGGAGAAAUAUGAUGAAGUAUGGAAGGAGGCGAUUUCGCCAGAAGGUGUGGAUUUUGUAGAGCGCAUAGCGAGGGUCAUAUAGGGACAGCUAUCUGACAGCGUAGGGCGACGGCUAGCAGGACAUUGUAUUGUAUUACGUCUUGACAUAGUAUUGCACCUGUAGGAAGUACUAAGAUAUUGAUAUUGUCAAC